AUGGGAAAAGCCGAAGCAGGCAGCACAAAAUGGGUCGCCAACAAGAUGAAGUCAAAGGGCCUGCAGCGGUUGCGCUGGUGGUGCGAGCCUUGCCAGAAGCAAUGUCGCGAUGCAAACGGGUUCAAAUGCCACGUGCAGAGCGAGAGCCAUGUCCGAAACCUACAGGUCGUUGGCGAGGACCCUAAGAAGUACAUCCAAGGCUUCAGCAACGACUUCCAGAGGGACUUUGUGAACCUUCUGCGAACGGCGCACAAUGAGAAGUGGAUUGGAGUAAACAAAUUCUACAACGAGUACAUCCGAGACAAGGAACACGUCCAUAUGAACGCCACGAAAUGGAGUUCGUUGACUGAAUUCGCCAAACAUCUGGGGCGAGAAGGUAUCUGCCAUGUCAAGGAGGACGAAAAAGAUGGAUUAAUGAUUGCCUGGAGAGAUACUUCUGUUGCGGCUGUGAACAGGCGCAACGAGAUCGCAGAACUAGAGGCUGCCGAAGCACGAAGCGGCGCUGGCGAAGACAAAAUGUUGAAGAAGAUGGCGAAACGUGCACAAGAAGAAGCUGAGGCCAAAAAAGCUAUCGAGGCAAAACGGGCGGCGGCUCAAGCAGCCGUGCAACAGCAGGUCACUCCACCCGCAGAAGGAGGGUCGCCGACGGAAGAGAAGAAGAUCGACUCUCCGGUCGACGAACAAAAGCAAGGGGAUGAGAAGAAAGAUGGCGAAGAGCCCAAGGCCGAUGCAGCGCCUGUUAAGCUAAGCUUCGGCUUGAAAGCGAAGGCUGCACCGGCGAAUAAGGCUGGGCUGGGUCAGAUGAAGAGUCAGAGCAUCUUCAAGCGGAAGAAGGACGAUGUGACAUCGGAACAAAAACCUGUGAAGAAGGUGAAGUUAUGA